GUUAGGUUUACCUAGAUUGUUUUGAGAGAUGAGUUGAGUGGAAAUUUCUUGCUAGCAUCCGAACUAAAAGUUCCCGCAGAGACGGACAGUCUCCAAAAUGCCGAGGCCGCAGGUCUUGCACGGGAGGGAUUUGAGGUCCAGCUAUUAAAUGUGUUGACUGGUGCCUCAACACACAAGGCAACUGUUAGGACAGGAUGCCAGAGAUGACUGAAACUCCGACACCUGGUCGUAAACCCAAAAAGAAGAAAAACAAAGAAUCUCACAAUGCAGUUGAGAGACACAGAAAAGAGAAGAUUAACGCUGGGAUUAACCUCAUCGGUGAUCUUCUGCCCUGUUCCCAGGCACUUAAACAGAGUAAAAAUAUGAUCUUGGACCAGGCUUUCCGCUACAUCACUGAGCUUAAGAAACAAAAUGAUACGCUGCUUCUGGACGGAGGCGACAAAGUCCAAGCGGAGGAGAUCCGUCGGCUGCGGCGUCAGGUGGAGGAGCUCCGGAAAGAGAGCGCUCACUACAUCGAGCUCCUCAAAGCCCAUGACAUUAACAUUCUGGAGGACCCCACUAUCCACUGGAAGGGAAAACAACGCUGUGCCAAGGUGGCAAAGGUGACCCCUACUCACCAGCUCCCAAAGGGGAUUAUCGUCUAUUCCAAUGGCAACGUAACAUGCCCGGCGGGGAUGGAGAAUAGCCCCGGGAAACAGCCUUCAGAAACGCUAAUCCUACAGCCGCCAUCUGAGAUCGGUGGCAGGUUAAGGGUUAAUGGAGCCCUGCUGCAAGUUAAUACCUCUUCUUCCACACCUGCACUUCUCCCUGGGUCGACGGUCACCCCCCCUCAGUCAGCGCCAGGCUUAAGAGUGGGGGAGCAGUGUGUGGUGGAGACACCGGUUGCAGCCCCCAACCUGCCACCCUCUGUGUCGUACAUCACUCUUCAGAUCCCCACGGCCACGACAGCGUUGCCCAAACAACCGCAAGCUGCCGGCUCAGCCCAUACCUUUACAUUAGCAGCCACCUCAGCCCAGCAGCUUGCCACUGAAAGCUCUGCUUCGCCUGUGUCAACUCUCCCCACACUUACCCAAACUGUAACCAGAGCAACAGCCUCGGAGCUUUGCUCCUGGGUCACACAGGACACCGCCAUCAGGACUAUAAGUUACAGUGCAGUCCCUAACAGCCAAGCCAUUCUUAGGACAGGGGCAGCGGGCAGCACACAGACUACCUGGACAACACUGCAGAUAGCAGGGAACACUGUACAGCCAGUUUGCCAGAAUCUCUCCACCCCAGAGGUCAGUAACACGGCCCAGGCUGUUCAGCAGGUGACUCUGUGUCCAGUGAGCAACAAGCAAUCUGUUCAGCCAAUUCAAAUACAGAUGCAAUCAAAUGUACCCGUGCAGCAGGCACCCAUUACUGCCCACAUUCAAGCGCAGCCCUUUCAGAGACCAUCCCAGCUACAGCCAGCCAUCCUGAACCAGGCCCAGCCUCCGCCUGUCCUCGCCCCCCAACCUCAGUGUGCUGUUAUCCCCCAGUCAGCCAUAGUGCCCCAGCCAGCGGUGGUGGCCCACCCUGCUGUUGCGUCACAGCCCCAGCCUACUGUACUUCAACCAGGGUCAUUGAUUCCCAAUCCCGCAACAGCCCUCAUCCCUCAGCCUCAGCCAGCGCUGGUGCCACUUCUUCAGACCAUGCAGGUGCUGCAGGUCAACCCAAACGGAGCCACGGCCUCGGGUGCGACAGCGCCACAGAACACUAACAACCCGAGUGUGGUCAUCCUGCAGCAGGCGAGCUCUUGCCCAACGCAGUCAGUUGUGAGGGAGGAAAUAACCAAUCAGACACCAUGUCAGCAUAUCGUCAUCAUUCAGGCACCCAACCAGGCUGCACCUGGCCCUCAGAACCCUCAGGUUGGCUUGUUGCCUGCCGCCGUGCCCUCUGCAGUACCUGUGGUGUCCACUCAAAUGUCCACAACCAGCAGUUCGACGUCUGCCGCUUCUAUACAGAGUGUUGGGGGGAAGCAGCUGGUGCACAUCCUUCCACGUCCUGUUCAGCCUCAAAUGAACCAGCCCCUUCAGGUCACCCAGUCAUCCUCUUCUCCACCGGUUCCUCCGACUCCCCAAACGAUCACUGUGAACGGCCAAGUGUUCGCCCUGCAGCCCAUGAAGACCUCUGAUAAAACAAGCUCCCAGGGUGGCCAUAGUACACUGCAGCUGGUCCAGCCCACCACCACCGAGGAACCAACUACCAAUGUGGCCCUCAACAGUUUAGGGGCCCUCAGCAGUCUCAACCAGAGCAUCUCUCAGGGCCUCCCACUCACCAUCUCUAGCCAGAACAGUGGGCAGCCUCCAGCUGCUCAGCUAUCGGUGGUCCAGCAGCAGCAGCCGCUGCAACCUCCUGCUCCAGUUCCUGUCUCUGGCACUACACUUGCUCUACCUGUCCAGCAGCUACAGGUCCCUUGUUUGACCCCCGUCGCAUCGGGGCUGGUGGUUAAUGCCCCCAAGCCUUCAAGGAAGAGGGUUCGCACAAAUUUGAAUAUGAAGAGAGCCGCGGCUAAAAGGGCUAAGCCUGUCAAGAAAAAAGAGCUCAGUCAGUUGCAGCCGGCUGUUGUUGUUCCAGCCAAGCCCGCGGUUUCUACGGGAGAGGGUCCCAAAGUUCAAGUUACAGUAUCUCAAGGUUUACUGUCCUCAGAGGGCACCCACACUUGUACCACCGCUGCCACUACCACAGAUAACAAUCAAGCUGUAGGGAAUGUCACUUCUACACAGAACGCAAAGAAAACCAUUGUCAGUAGUUCAUCUAGUGAGACAAUUACACUGAGUCAAUCCCACUCACAGAGCAAAAGUUUGGUCAGUGCAUGUCAGAGCAAUGCUGUAUUCAGUCUCAAUGAUACCGGUGCCAUGGCAACUACAUUGACAACAGUCAAUUCGGCAUCAGUAAAGCCGCCAUCGGUCAGUGCGGCUGUGGUCAUACAGAGUAAACCUGCUGUCAUUUCUGGCAACAACUCAACUGUGACCAAAGUCUCAGCUCCAGAGGUUAAACAGCCAACCAGUAGCACAGCGACAAGCACAACACAAACCAAGUCGGCUGCAACCACCGCCGUCUCCAGACAGAGCAGAACUGUGGUCAGCUCUGCAGGUGCCACUGACACCGGCUACACGUCCAUCACUGUCUGUACUGCGUGUUUGACUCCAGUCUGCACCGGCAGCGUCACAACAACGUCACCGGUAUCUUUAAAUCAAGUCACCCAACCAACAUCAGUUUGUCCUCCACCGAGUUCUAAUGCCAAACCUCCCGCGCCCUGUAACAAACCUCAGUCUCAGCCCACCACCUCGUCCUCUGUGUCCAUACCUGUGACACUCUCAUUGUCCGCACCGACAUAUCCUGAAGCCCAUAGUUCUGUUACAGCCCCGCCGACAAGUUCGGAAUUCAGGAAAAGAGUCGGUGCCAGCAGAGCACCGUCACAGCAGAGUGACGUCAACAUGUCCAACCCUUCCCCCUGCCAUCCCACAGAGGUUAAAGCCCCUCAGGCCCCCAGAAGAGACAGAGAGACCCAGGAGGAGAAACACUCCACGGCGGCAGAGAAAGAAAGCCUGGUCGCAGCCACUUCUGACGCUCCGUCCAGAAAGGACUUUGCCCUGUCGCAACAGGUGUACACCAACCUCGAUGAUCAAACUUUGGAGCACCCUAUGACGUCCGGCAGACAGACGGAUUCUCCCAUGUCCUCAGGGGCGGGUGGAGGCCGAGGCUUCUCUGUGGCAUCCAUGCUUCCCCAGGGACACAAUAUCAGUGCAGCAUCUGGCUCCUUUGGAACAUUUACGUUCACGUCUGAGCAGGCGGAGAUGCUGGCCUUGGCCAUGCUAGAACAGGAAAGCCCCGGGAGGAGGAGUGGAGGCUGCACCGGGGACAGCACUGCUUCAUCAAAUCCCACCACGGGCUCUUGGGAGCCCCCCAAAACCCCACCGGUGUCCACCAGUAAAGAAAGAGGGCCAACUGUACAGCAGGCUAAAGUGACCAAGCCCAUGGAUACAGUAACGGUUAAACCUGCUGUCCAGGUGUCUGUCAGAAGACAAGUCGGGGAGGGAUCCGUCAAUGGUCACAAUGGAAGCAGACACCCACAAAACAUCUCGUACUCCCAGUCGCAGUCCCACGCCCAGGUCCAGCCUCAGAGCUCAUCCCAGAGUGGUACAGUCGCCAGCCUCAGUGUCAACAACCUGAUAAGACCCAGCUCCAGUCAGAAACCCUACCCCGGCUCUCCCAGUCUGACGGGCCAACUGGGCUCCGUUCCCUCCCCUGUGGGAACCUCCGCCCACAUAUCCCAGGCCUCCAACAACGCUCUCUCACCCUGCUCCGGUGCAGCUCAGCUGAACGAAUACACCCCCUUGAAGACCGCAUUGAUGAGGGCCCAGGCUGGAGCUGGCGUGGCUGAGCGACACGUGAAGAUUAUCUCUAAGCGGCAGGCCCAGGAUGCAGUGAUGCUUAACACGGGAAAGCGACCCAAGCCUUGUCCUCCAUCGGCUCCCAUCGUUACCCAUAUGGACAUGAAAGCUCCGGAUCACAGCCAGAUGAUGGUAGGACAGCUGCUGUCCACCUCCUCAGGCGUCAUGACGAGGAUUAAUUCCGAAAGCGGAGGGCCCCUCUUCUCUACAAACUCUUUCAUGAGCCCGGUUGUUCGGCCCACAGACGGCCACUGCCCUCCUCACGGGCCCCCCGAACAGAACCAGCUGGGGGUGCUUCAUCUGCCCCAGGGUCACCCGCAGCAUUCCGCAAACCAGCCUGGUCAACACCUGGGAGUGAAUCUUUACAUGAAACAGCAGCAGCAGGAGCAACAGAGACACCAUCUGUAUCAUCUGCAGCACCACCUGACGCAGCCUGACCCUGCGCAGAGGGCGCUUCAGCAGCAGCAGCAACAAGAGCAGCAGCAGCAGCAGCAGCAGCAUGUCCAGAAGAAGCGGGGACUUGUCAGAGGCAAUCAGACGGGGUCAACCGCCGGCCUGCAACAAAAAACGCAUCACCUGGAAAAGUCUGGAGUUCAGCAGCAACAGCAGCACUCGCAUCAGCAGCAACAAACACAACAUCAGCAGCACACGCAGCAGCAGCAUCCGCAACAGUCACACCAACAAACGCAGCAGCAUCAACAACAGCCAACGCACCAACAGUCCCAUCCCCAACAGCACCAACAGCAGACACUUCAACAGCAGCCCCAGGCGCAGCAUCAACAGCACCAACAACAGCAGCAGCAGUUACAGCAGCAGCAGCAGCAGCAGCAGCAGCAGCAGCAGCAGCAGCAGCAGCAGCAGAGCUCCCACUCCAGACACCAGCAGCAUCUGCAGCAGCAGAUCCAGCAGCAACAGCACUUUAGACACCAGGAGAAGAGCUGUGACGCCCAGGCAGCAGUAGCCAGGGCCCACCACAGCAAUCACCUGGCCCAGCAGGAGCACCUCAAGCCUGGUCAGGACCACAACGCCAUGCAGAGGAUGAUGAGCUCCAGGACACUGGAACAGCAGCUCAUCUCUCCUCCCAGCAAUCCCGUGUCGCGGUCAUCCGAGCUCGCCUGCGCUCCGUCGCGCCAGGAACGCCAUCGCGUUUCCAGUUACUCCGCGGAGGCGCUCAUUGGUAAGAGCUCCACCAGCGGUGAACAGCAACAGCGCAUGGGUCUUCACCUUCAGCCGGGCCACGGCGGCACCCAGGAGCAGCCGGAACUCUGCGGUUACCUGGAUACGUCGCGAGGGAAGGCCAACAUUGCACACAACCCACAGAACCGCCUGCCUUCGGAUCACCCGGGGUCCGCUGAUGUUCAGCGGGUCUCUGAGUGUCCGCCCUUCAAGGCCAUGGGUGGGGGAGGACACCAGCUCGGUGGUUUUGAGGUUCAGGUGUCCCGUGGGAGUGACAUGGCGCCCAAGUCGGUGCCUCCAUCUCAGAGGGGCCCUCAGGGGCAGCAGCAGGGAGGGUUCAGGAUGAACGUCGGCCCUCUGGCAGACAGCAGGAACCGCGGUGGCUACAGUGGAGCUCAUCCUGGUACACAAGGUGUGCAGGUUGGACCGCCGCUGCCCCGGGAGCAGGACGGUUGUCACCAGAGUUUCAUGCAAAGCCUCCUGUCCCCCCACCUCCCCGAGCACAGCAAUCACCAGCGAGCGGUGCAAUGCUGUCCCCCAGUCAGCAUGGAGUACAGCUGUGUGCCUGGAAGCUCCUCUGGCGACAUACAGGCCAAGGCCUCCAGCCCCAGUGUGCCACAGAAGGCUUCGACCAUGAGGCUCGGAGAGGGCAACAAGGGCCAUUUAUCUCAGGUUAGCAGUAACAUGCACGGAGGCCCGGGUGUGCGGGCAGGUCUGCCCCACCCUCCGACCCCGCACAGCAGCUCCGAGGGGGGCCGCUCCUCAGCCCCGUCGAGACCGCCCACUGCCAUUAGCCAGCACUCUCGGCACAUCACUCGGGAUACCCAGCCCGCCAAACUGCGACCCGGUGACAGGCCUCGAUCCGGCGCUCUGAGACCCAGCAACCCCUUUGAGCCCGACGGCCACCUGUCGCUGCCCUCCGGAGGAGGGGUGCUGCUCAGCCGACCGCAGGCUGGAGGAGAGGCGCGGCGCAGCACCAUCGUCCGCUUUAUGGCAGACAGUGGUCAGGUUCCUAGUGAGAACAACCUGGUUCCUGAUCAACACAUAACGCAGAACUUUGGUUUCCCUUUUAUUCCUGAGGGUGGAAUGAAUCCCCCUCCCAUCAACGCCAACUCCACGUUCAUCCCCCCAGUCAGCCAGUCCAACGCCUCCCGCACGCCCUCCCUUCUGCCCGUCGAGCCCCAAAACACUCUCCCCUCUUUCUAUCCUUCCUACUCUCCAGCAGCCCACCCCAGCCUCCCCAGUGACGUCACCCUGCAAUACUUCCCCAACCAGAUGUUUACCAGCCCAAGUGCUGACAAAGGCAGCGCCCCUCCGCUCAACAACCGCUUCGGCUCGAUCCUCUCGCCGCCCCGCCCAGUCGGUUUCGGUCAGGCGAGCUUCUCCCUGCUCCCCGACAUGCCCCCGAUGCCCAUCGCCAACUCAUCGGGAAUCACGCCACACAUAUCCAACUUCAGCCUCACCUCGCUGUUCCCAGAGAUCGCCACGGGCAUGCCCACCGACGGCUCGGCCAUGCCCAUGUCUCCCCUGCUGUCGCUCUCCAACACCUCGUCCGCCGACUCGGGCAAACAGCCCAACCGCCCCGCCCACAACAUCAGCCAUAUCCUGGGCCAUGACGGCAGCUCCGCCGUGUGAGGAGAGCUGCUGCUGAAAAAUCAGACAUUUACAACAAGUGGGUGUGAAGCACCACGUGAACAGUCAUGCCCAUCUGGUGAUGGUGGUUUUCCUCGUUUACAUUGUUCAGACAAUUUCAAUCUCAAAUAUGUCCCCUGGCGUACAUAUGAUGUUAUCAUUUGUAAUAUUUCAAAAAGAGUUAUGUUAAUUUUAUGGGGAAAUAAAGCUCUUUGUUUGAAGUGUUGGUUAAACCAACCGUUUGGUUGAUUAAAAAAUAAAUAAAUAAAAUUUUGGUUUAGAACUUGUGUGACAUGGUUGUAUCCUGGGUCAUAAAGAAAACCCUCUGCACAGUGACUUACCAAUGUUAUUUACUAACUUAUAUCAGGUUGUAUUGUACAGAAUCUGUUUGGUUUUUUUUCUUCCCCUAAGAGCUAUUUUGUAAAUACAAAUGUUUCAUAUCGGAAUUGUUAGAUUAUGUAUGUAUUUGUAAAUACAAAAUUGAUUAAUAAAGUUUAUAAGAAGACCUUUGUAUUUGCAGCAAACUUA